ACCGGAACGUCGACAACCAAAGACACGGCCCUGGAGUUACCAGCGAACUACAGAGGUAGCAUGACCGUCAACGUCUCCAUUUCUUUACGAUGGAUUUUAAUAGGUUCUGUUUUAACAACAUUCAUCUUGUUAGCCUUCGCUUCAAUGUACAGAACCAAAUGGCGGUAUCUCCGUUUCCAAAAUAUUUACGAAUACCGUCCAUACUCUACAAUUCAAACAAGGGCAAUGGAAAGAAUGAAUUGGUAUCUUGAACUCACCGAUUUUGAAGAUUUCUUUUCAUUAGUGAAUAUUUCGACAUCAGUGGUUAGUACGCGGAAGACUGAGUACAGAGUUGGAGAUGAAAUCAAAGUUGAUAUAGUGCUGUACAAUGGAAGAGGAGAGCGUUCUACGGUAGGGGGUGACAUGCUCAGAGUCUGGCUCCGGGAACGCUCCCUAGGUGCCUCCGUGUCAGGGUAUGUGAUAGACCACAACAAUGGGUCAUACACCGGCAUUAUCAAAACUUUGUGGGCGGGGAAUCCAGAACUGAUGUUUUCUAUCGGAAAUACAAAAGAGCAUAUUGGAAUUUACAUGAAUAUUGUUCAGAAAUAUGGAUUGAUAUCAUUCCUAAGAGCAGGAUUUAAAAGAAAUAACAUGACCGAGUCCACUUUGUGUAGUGUUGUACCAAAUAUUCCCGGUGUGAAGGAGUACUGCGACUUCACAACCCAGAACUUCAACAUGUCCUUUUUCUGUGGCAAACCAAAAUCAAUGACUUGUGAGGACUGGUCGGUUUAUGAGAGAACUAGUAAUCACUCAUGCAACAAGAAACAUGAAUCAUUAUUUCUACAAUAUAGAUAUUUCAAGAAAAGUGUAUCCGUGCUCAAGGUAUUGUCGAAUAUUGGCUCUGUACGAGAUCCUCAAGUACCAUGCCGUGACGUCAGCAGCACGGUCACGUGGUAUACAAACAACCCAACAGGCUACUUCUACAAGCGUCAAUGGAAGUCUUUAAUUUGUAAGUCCUCGCUCGAGUGGAAGUACAAUACCUACCUGAAGUGCCUGAAGAACCGUCCCGUACUAAUGACGGGAGAUUCUACCACACGGAACUGGUUCACGCCUUUAUCCCGAUUGUUACGACUACACAUAAUGAUUGGCGAACAUGAGAUAAAAGACAAAGCCUGGCAGAAAUUCGCUCAAGCUGAGAAUAAAUAUAAAGGAUUAUCUCUGUAUUGGACGCCGCAUGAAAUUCCAUUUUUCAGUCAUGAACAAAACAAAAACAAUUUUCGAUCAGUAGCAUCAAGAAUAGACGAAUUGCCCGGAAAUAAAAGCGCCAUUGUUAUAUUGCAUUGGUUCGGUCAUUUAACAAGAACAACUCACCAACAGUAUAGGGACCAUAUACGGAGUGCUAAGAAAGCUUUGCAUCGACUUUUAAGGCGUUCGCCAAACUCAAGCAUUUUUAUUAAGGGUCCUCACUCCUUCACGUAUCGCAUCUUCCUAGAACCGUUCGAUUACAUAAGUAGAGUUUAUCAACAGAUAUUGUAUGAGGAGUUCCGGGAUUUACAAGACAAAGUAUAUUAUAUAGACCAAUGGGACGCCACUGUAGGCAAUGAAAAUGUAGGCAUACACCCUGUUUACCCUUAUUUUAACCAGAUGAUGUUAAAUUUCGUCCUUUCAUUUAUUUGUUAAAUAUGAUGUAAUGAACCGUCAUGUAAAAUAUACCUUAUGUUACACCUUGAUGCUGAGGGUACACUUUCUUAUGUAAUAGCUAAUUAACCAUGUCUCCACCAUAUUAACAAAUAAAUGCUUUUAAUUUUCUCCUUCUCCUCUUACAUAUGUGCCUGUAUUAACAGUAAAACAUCGACACUCCCUGAUUGAGCAUAGUCAACAAAUAAAUAAGUCUGCAUCA